AUGCCUCAACGAGGUAAGGUGCUAGACACCGAUGGUCCGACCCCUAAGUUUCUCUAUGCCAUGCUAAAGCAGCUGGACCUGAAGACUAUUGACUGGAACCGUGUUGCUGUGGACAUUCAGAUAUCAAAUGGCCAUGCUGCUCGGAUGCGAUUCUCUCGAUUCCGCAACCAGAUGGAAGGAACCACUGGAGCCCAACGAGCGGCCAAGAAGAAGAAUGCCAAAGGGAAAAAGGGCGAUAAAUGUGACAUGAGCGAAUCAAAUGGUCAGAUGUUGGCAAUUAUGCCAGGAACCCAGUCCGCUCCUGGGAUAAAAAUGGAACCUGGGGAUUUCAUGCCCUAUGCCAACCCCAUCAAGUGCGAGGGAAAUCAGCAGCACCAUGGAAGUCAAAAUUUUGCCGAUCUUCCCGAUAUGUAUUCGUGGUCCCAUCAGCCAAAUUCAAGCUCAGUCAAUGGAACACCUUUCCACCUACAAAUGCAUCCAUUCAUGCAGCCUGGAAUGCCAUAUUCUGUGAUGUCCGGCAUUUCUUCUUCGAGUUCUUCGAUGACACCAGUGAGUCCUCCGGGAUUCUAUCCUCAGUUCGGUAUGCAUGAUUUCAACUUGCCCGAGAUUGGUGUUCAACAGUCUGCCUUUCCGAACGCCCCGGUACUUAGCUGGGAACCACCUGCAUCUCCUCAACCUCAGCCUCAGCUUCAACCUGAAGCUCAGCCUGGGACCCAACCACCUGCAAAUGAAGUCAAGAUUGAAGAGAAUUCUGAGACGACGAAUACGGCAAUCAAAAUUGAACCAUACCAGCUCGAGUGA